UGGGGCGACCGGGAAAAGUCCGCGCUGUUGGAACUAUAAUUAUUAGCCCGACCGAAAGGGCUCAUUUUCUUCGCCAUGCCAUACAAACUCUGAAUGCAGGGAUUUGAGUGUGAGGUUUGCGGGCGUCUUUGAAGUUUGGCUGAGAGCUUGGACUAGAUUCAAAACCGCAUCGCUUCCUAGAUCGGAUGCUCGCUGAUACCUGCUGUGUCUGUUCUUGACUUCGGAACUUGUGUCAGGCGCCCUGCUGAAGACGCGUUCUUCAUCUCGUGGCAUCGCAAAAAUUGUAUGACGUUGCAAGGCAACAAUAAUGAUCAUUGGCAUUCCUAUCUCGGAUUUGAAUUAGAGAUUGCAUCUUCUCCUGUGGAUUUAUUCUUCAAUUUCAUGUCGUAAGCAUGGGGUUCGUUUGGAUCCUCAUCGCUCUAACUGGAAUAGGCACCAUCGCCAAGCAAACAGAAGGAGCGUGCAUCUAUCAAGGCUCACUGUAUGCGAACAACACCUCGUGGAGGCCAGACAGCUGUCAAGACUGCACCUGCCACAGUGACAUUGUCAUCUGCAAGGCCGUCCAGUGCCACAACCCCAAAUGUGACUUCCAAAGGGGGGAGCGCUUGAGAAUAGCGCCCAGCAAGUGCUGCCCUGAGUGUUUCCCACAGUCCAGCGACUCUUGUCAGCAUGAGGGAGCUGUCUACGGGCAUGACACCCAGUGGAACAGUUCCAGCUCGCCCUGCUCGGUGUGCGUGUGUUCCCAGGGGAGUGUGUCCUGCAGUCCCCCGCCUUGCCCGGCCCUGAGCUGUGGCCCCGACGGCAGCCCCUUCGUCCCCGCGGGGGAGUGCUGCCCCAAGUGUGCCCGCCACGGAGCCUCGUGUCCAUGGGAGGGUAAGGAGUAUCGGGAUGGGGAGGAGUGGAGGCCCGGCCCCUGCUCCAGGUGCCAGUGUCUAGCCGGACACGUCCAGUGCUCCACGGCCGAGUGCCAGCCAAUCACCUGCAAGCUGAGUGAGAACCUGGUCAUCCAGCCUGGACGCUGCUGCCCACAGUGUGUGCCCAACCCCUGCCUGGCAUCGGGCAAGGAGUAUAAGCACGGAGAGCAGUGGCAGAAGAACAGCUGUACCACGUGUGUGUGUAACCAGGGCCAGUCCCAGUGCCAAAGCCAGACCUGCCCCAGACUCACCUGUGCCAAGGGGGAGACCAAGGUGAAGCGUGCAGGCCAGUGCUGUGAGGAGUGUGCGGCGGCCAAGGGCACCUGUCUGUACGAGGGGGCGGUGCGUUACCACGGCGACAUGUGGAGCGGUAGCGGGUGCGAGUUCUGCCUGUGCGAGCGCGGCCAGGUGCUGUGCCAACGCGCCGAGUGUGGACGACUGCCGCCCACCUGCCCUGCGGGGGAGGAGCUGGUCCACCUGCCAGGAAAGUGCUGCCCGGAAUGCAAAGCCAAGCUCAGUUCUUGUAUCUACACCCCUCCCAAGCAACAGGGUCAGACAAAGCCAAGUCCAGCACAACGUCUGGCCGACAUGGAGAAGGUCACUGAGGGGCCGUGUCGUGAGUGCCAGUGUCGGGACGGGGAGGUGACCUGCUACCAGCCCUCCUGCCACACCUGUCCCCUGGGCAUGCUGGCCGUCCCUGUGCAGGGACAAUGCUGCCCAGAGUGCCAAGAGGUGGCGUGCCAUCAAGACUGCAUGACGUGCUCCAGAAGCCCAGAGCACUGUGACAGCUGUAAGGACCCCGGAGCGCUGGUGUGGAACGGCCGCUGUGUCCAGACCUGUCCCCAAGGGCACUACUCCAGUGGCCGCGAGUGCAAAGCCUGCCAGCCGGGCUGUGCCACCUGUGAGAAUGGUUUUGAGUGUACUUCCUGUGGAGGCGCUCUGCUGCUGAGGAACAGGCAGUGCGUGGCCACCUGUGAGCCGGGAUUCUUCCAGGACCACACACAGUGCCUACGCUGCCAUGAGUCGUGCUCCUCGUGUAGAGGUUCCGAUGAGAACUCCUGCCUCUCCUGCUCUAGCGCCGCCCUGCUGCUCAGAGAUGGACGCUGCGUGGCGGACUGCGGCGCUGGCUUCUUUUCCAGUGGUGGAAGCUGUCAUGCCUGCGAUCCCACCUGCACUACCUGUCAUCCUGACAACCCCAGCUGUCUCAGCUGCCCCCCAGACCUGACGUUGCAUCAUGGGAAAUGUAUUUCGCAAUGUCCGGAGCACCACUACAAAGAUGGCCACGGCAGAUGCAGAGCAUGCCACAGCUCCUGCCUGUCGUGUUCGGGCCCGGCGGUAUCCCAGUGCUCCUCCUGCUCCGCAGCACUGGUGCUGCACCGCGGCCAGUGUGUGGAGACCUGCGGAGAGGGACUCUACUCCAGAGACAGAGGAUGCCACGCUUGCCACUCCACCUGCAGGGCGUGUGUGGGUCCUGACGCGUCUGACUGUGUGCAGUGUCUGAAGCCUGAGGAGGCUCUGCAGCCCCUGCGUCCCCAGCUGCCCCACGGCUCCUGCGGGGCCCACUGCGGCCCACACGCAUACCUGGACCCAGAGCGCAUCUGCAGAGAGUGCCAUGAGUCCUGUGCCCAGUGUUCUGGUGGCGGUGCCCAGGGUUGUACCUCGUGUGCCCGGCCGGCAGUGCUCUUCCAGGGCCAGUGCCUCCACUCCUGCCCCCCUGGCUUCCACGCUCAGGAACGCACCUGUCAAGCUUGCCAUCCAUCGUGCCAGGAGUGCAAUGGUCCGUCCCAGGCGGACUGCACCGCGUGCCCCCCUCACUCCGCCCUGCACAACGGGUACUGCCGAAGCAGCUGCGCCGAGGGACAGUACCUCACCCCAACUGGACAAUGUGCAGAGUGCCGUAGUGAGUGCCAGCGGUGUACUGCGGACCUGCGUGCGGGCGUGGGCACGGUGUGUUUGUGGUGCCGGGUGCCCCGUACCCUGCUGCUGGGGGACAGCUGUGUGACCCAGUGUCCCGCCAGGCACUACCAGUGGCAUGGAGCCUGCAAGAAAUGCCAUUCGUCUUGCGAGAGCUGCACUGAGGAGGGCCCCUCCGCCUGCACGUCCUGUGUGGCCCCUGGCAUCCUGCUGCCGUCAGGCCUCUGUGGGGGUCGAUGCCCAGCUGGUUACUAUGCCGACGGGGAACGCGUGUGUCGAGCGUGCGACAGCCAGUGCCUGACGUGUGAGACGGCCGGGGUGUGCACCUCCUGUCGGGACCCGGCCAAGGUGCUGCUGUUCGGGGAGUGCCAAUACGAGAGCUGCGCGCACCAGUACUACCUCAACACCACCACUCGCACAUGCAGAGAGUGCGACUGGAGCUGCAAUGCGUGUCGAGGGCCACUGCAUACGGACUGCCUGCAGUGCAUGGAGGGCUACGUUCUACAGGGGGGCGUGUGUGCCCCGGGAUGCUCCGCCGGAUACUAUCAGGACGGGGAGAGAUGCUUGAGCUGUGAUGACCACUGCGAUCAGUGCCAUGGGCCCGGGCAGUGUGACCGAUGCCAGGCUUCCUACGCCAGUCUGCUGGGCCAGUGUGUGCGGGCGUGUGGGCCUCGUCAUUACCUGGACAGCACUCAGCAGCAGUGUUCCGCAUGCUCUGCGGGGUGUCUGCAGUGUGGAGGGGAGAGCUGGUGUUCUGCAUGUGAGGAGAAUCUCUUCCUGAAAGACGGAGCCUGCACCCCGGACUGCGGCCCUGGUUCCUACGCCGACUGGAAAGCACAUGUCUGUCAAGCCAACACACGGCCUCCCGUGCUGCACGUCAACGGCUCCCUGUUGGUCCCGGCUGGCGGGGUCCGCCCCCUGGGGGUGUGGUUACUGAGGGCGGAGGACCCGGACAGCCCCGCCCACAACCUGCUGCUGCAGCUGCUGCAGCCGCCCACCAACGGGCUGCUCCUGCGUCUGCAGGAGGGGGCGGAGAGCACGCUGCACCGCGACCAGACCUUCACCAUGGCCGAGCUGAGGCAGGGGGACAUCCGUUUCAGCCACAGCACCGACAAGCCACUGAGUGGACAGUUCACCUUGCGCGCCGCUGACCCUCAGCUCUUCUCCCAACCAGUGGCAGUACCUGUUCAGGCCGUCUCUCAACAGCCUCCCGUGGUGCUGACCAACCGGCCGCUGGUGGUGGACGCGGGCCAGUCGGCGGUGCUGUCCCGGGCCACCCUCCAGAUAGACGACCCCGACAACCCUCAGGACGUGCUGCUGAUGCUGCUGGAGCCCCCGCGCCACGGACGCCUCUCCCGUCUCCACGGCGACCCGCGGCCCCUCACCCAGUUCAAGCUGGAGGAGCUUUGGAGGGAGCACGUGCAGUACGUCCAUGACGGAGACGCCUCUUCGUCCUCCUCCUCCUCCUCCUCCUCCUCUUCUUCUCCCAUGGAUAGCCUCCUGCUGCAGGUCAAUGAUGGACACAGCUACCAGAACAUCCAGCUUCUCGUCCACAUCAACCAGAAGAAUGCCAACACCCCUCAUCUGCUGUCCCUGCCCAUGACCUGGGUGAGAGAGGGAGGCAUGGUGCAGAUUUCUAAGAAGUACCUGCGGGCCGAGUACAAGGGCUCCAGUGAUGCGGAGAUCCUCUACACCAUCGUGGCUCCAACUGGGGCGCCCAAAUACGGUGAGGUGUUGCUGGUGCCUCUGCCGGCCGAUGGCCCUGUCAUGGGUCUGCAGUCUCUCCCUGAGGGCGCGGACUCCACACCCACCACCUCCUUCACCCAGCAGGACGUCAACGAGGGCAUCGUGUGGUACCGUCACCUGGGCGCCAGCACGCACAGGGACACCUUUCACUUCCAGGUGUCGAGUGAGGCCCAUCCGGACACCCUGAGCGAUGAGCAGACCUUCACUAUCGGAGUGGUGCCUCAGGUGCCCGGCAUGCCCCAGCUCUCCCACGGCGCCGACCUACAGGUCACGGCUCUGGAAGAUCGCGUGACGGUGAUAACCUCCACCUCGCUGUCCUUCGUGGACUCGGAGACGCCUAGCGACAAGCUUAUCUACAACAUCACUAAGCCCCUCGCCCCAGGACACGGUAUGCUGGAGCACAAGGACAGACCCUACAGUCCCGUGCGGCUCUUCUCCCAGGCUGAGGUGGACCAGGGCAAGAUCCUGUACCGCCCGCCCCCGGCCCCCGCACACCUGCAGGAGCUCUACCAGUACUCAUUCAGCGGUCUGCCAGAGUCGGUGAGCGUCCAUUUCACAGUGUCGGACGGGGAGCACACUACCCCUGAAAUGGACUUUGCCAUCCUGCUCCUGGCCAACCACCAGCAGCCCCCAGUCUUCCAGAUCCUCGACCCCCUGCUGGAGGUCACCCUGGGGGGCAGAGCACCAGUCGGAGGUCAGCAGCUGGCAGUAACCGAUGCAGACACGGCCCCGGAUGAGCUGGUGUUUGAGCUGGUGGAGCCCCCAGUGCACGGCACCCUCCUCAAGGUGGACUUCAGCUCACAGACCCCCAUGCGCACCGGCGACCUGUUCACCUUUAGCGACAUGACGCGCAACGCGCUGCAGUACGAGCACGCGGGCCUGACCUCCGAGGACGACGCCAUGACCUUCACGGUGACCGACGGCUCCUCCAUGGCCACCACCACUGUGCUGGUGGCCGUGGCCGAGGUGGCCGGCAACGCGCCCCGCCGCGACCCGGGAGCCCUGCUGGCCCUGGAGGUGUCGGAGAAGAGCAGCACCGUCAUCACCCGCUCACACGUGGCAUACAAGGACGACGUGUCCCCGGACGAUAAGAUCCGCAUCCAGCUGGUGUCUGUGCCCAUGUACGGCAUCCUGGCCCGCAGCGGAGCCGCCGCCGACCCCGAGGAGCUCACCGAGUACUCCUCCUUCACCAUGGAGGACAUCAACCGACACCGCAUACGCUACAUCACGUCCUACGAGACCGGCAGCCAGCCCGUCACUGACAUCUUCCAUUUCAUCGUGUACGACGCGGAGAACAAUCGCCUUGACAACCAGAUGUGCACCAUCACAAUCACGUCAGUGGCCCGCCAGCCGCCCGUGGUCACUGUGCACAGUGGCAUCAAGGUCCAGGAAGGAGGUAGGGUUCAGCUGUCAGCCAAUCACAUCAUUGCAUCGGACCCGGACACGCCCAAGAAGGACCUGUUGGUGUGGCUGCUCAACCCCCCCAAAUACGGCUUCAUAGAGAACACUAAGAGAGUGGGUUCGUCCGGUGGUGCUCAGGUCAUCAGCCCUGAGGUGCCCUUCUCCAUGGAGGACCUGAACGCAGACCACAUCUUCUAUGUGCAGAACGUGCAGCAGGCCAACGUCCACCAGGACAUCUUCAGCUUCUACAUCAGUGACGGCUCCAGCCAGACCGAGGCUUUCUUCGUCAACAUCGACAUCCAGCAAAGCAAGGAGGACAAAGUGCCCAUCGUGUCGGUGAACAGCAUCCAGGUGGAGGAGAACUCCGGGGUGGUCAUCACCAACACCUCCCUCAACGUGAAGGACCAGGACACCCCCGAGAACGAGAUCAUCCUCACCAUCACCCAGAAGCCCUCCUAUGGUAAGCUGCGGCGUCGCCAGUUCUACUCCCAGCCGCUGGAGAACGGCCGCGUGCUGAGCCAGGGCUCCACCUUCACCUACCAGGACGUGCUGGACGAGCUGCUGGUCUACACGCCCGACGGCCCGGGCGUCCACGUCGACGAGGUGCGCUUCUCCGUCACCGACGGCGUGCACACCGAGUCGGGCCGGCUGGAGUUCACCAUGGACACCAUCGUCAAGAAGAGCGAGACGCCCAGGGUCACCAUCAACCGCGGCCUGCAGAUCGCAGCCGGUGCCUCAUCUAAAAUCACGGAGCAGCAGCUGAAGGGCACAGAUGUGGACUCGGACCACCUGAAGCUGCGCUUCACCUUGACCAAAGACCCCGCCGCUGGCAAACUCCAGCUGGCCAAGGGCGGGGCCAAGGUGCUGCUGUCGGCCCGCGGAGCUGUCAAAAGCUUCACCCAGGAGGACAUCCACAAAGGACUAGUGGAGUAUGUCCAUGAGAAGGGUGAGAACGGCGGCAGCUUCUCCUUCAAGUUUAACCUGCAGGACCCGGAGGGCAACAAGCUGAUUGACCAGUCCUUCUUCAUCAGCGUGCUGGAGGACCGCCUGCCCCCCUCGGUGACGGUGAACAAGGGCCUGGUGCUGGACGAGAACUCUCUGAAGAAGAUCACCACGCAGCAGCUGUCGGCCUCCGACCAGGACAGCGAGCCCAGCGAGCUCAUCUACCGCCUCACCAAGCAGCCUCAGCUCGGACACCUGGAGCACGUCACCAACCCAGGCACGCGCAUCACCACGUUCUCCCAGUCCGACCUGGCCUCCCGUAGUGUGCAGUACGUCCACACCAGCGAGGAGGAGAAGCACUCGGAUGACUUCACCUUCACCGUGUCCGACGGCUCCAAUGAGAUCUCCCAGACGUUCUACAUCACCAUUCGCCCGGUGGACGACUCGUUGCCCCUGGUGCACGUGCCAGGCAUGCGCGUACAGGAGGGGGUUCGCAAGACCAUCACAGAGUUCGAGCUGAAAGCCACCGACGCUGACACUGAGGAGGACUCCAUCACCUUCACGGUGGUGCAGCCGCCGCGCCACGGCACCAUCGAGCGCACCAACAAUGGGCAGCACUACCGGCAGACCAGCACCUUCACCAUGGACGACGUGUACCAGAACCGCAUCAGCUACAACCACGACGGCAGCAACUCGCUCAAGGACCGCUUCACCUUCACCGUGGCCGACGGCACCAACAUGUUCUUCAUGGUGGAGGAGGGCGGGAAAGAGCUUGUGACAGCAGCUCCUCAGAAGUUCAAGAUCGACAUCCUGCCAGUAGAUGACGGCACUCCUCGCAUCGUCACCAACCUGGGACUCCAGUGGCUGGAGUACAUGGACAACAAGGCCACGAACCUCAUCUCAAAGAAGGAGCUACUGACAGUGGACCCAGACACAGAUGAUGGCCAGCUGACCUACGAGGUCACCACUCCACCCAAACAUGGCUUCCUGGAGACCAAACUCAAGCCUGGGGCAGCCAUCACCUCAUUCACACAAGCGGACAUUAACCUGGGCCUGAUCCGGUACGUGCUAAAGGAUGGCGUGGACCAGGAGACCAGUGACAACUUCAAGUUCCUGGUGAAGGACAGCAAGCCCAACGUGGUCAGCGACAACAUGUUCCACAUCCAGUGGUCGCUCAUCAGCUUCGAGCACAAGAGCUAUAAUGUGAUUGAGAAGGCGGGCACCGUGGCUGUGACAGUGAAGAGGACGGGUAACCUGAACCAGUAUGCCAUCGUGCUGUGCCGUACGGAACAGGGCACUGCCACCUCCACCUCCAGCGUGGGCUCUCGGCCUGGGCAGCAGGACUAUGUGGAGUACGCUGGACAGGUACAGUUUGAUGAGCGAGAGGACACUAAGGUCUGCACCAUCGUGAUCAACGACGACCAGGUGUUUGAGAACAUCGAGAGCUUCAACGUGGAGCUCAGCAUGCCUGUGUACGCGCUGCUGGGCCCGGUGACCAAAGCCAAAGUGGUCAUCAAUGACACGGAGGACGAGCCCACACUGCAGUUCGACAAGAAGACCUACCAUGUCAACGAGAGCACUGGCUUUGUCUUCGUUCCUAUUGAGAGGAAAGGAGACACGAGCAGCACUGUAUCCGCUCUCUGCUACACCGUACCCAAGUCUGCCAAGGGCAGCAGCCCUCAUGCCCUGGAGUCCGGCUCCGACUACAAGACCCGCGGCAUGAACCCCGACAACCGCGUGAUCUUCGGGCCGGGCGUGAGCAUGUCCACGUGUGACGUGAAGCUGAUCGACGACAGCGAGUACGAGCUGUCGGAGGAGUUCGAGCUGGUCCUGUCCGACUCCUCGGACAACGCGCGCAUGGGAGGCAUCACCACCGCCAAGGUGGUCAUCGACGGACCCAACGACGCAUCGACCGUCUCCCUGGGAAACGCAACGUUCACGUUUAGUGAGGAUGCAGGUACCAUUGAGAUCCCGGUAGUGCGGCAUGGUAGCGACCUGACCUCGGUGGCCUCUGUGUGGUGCGCCACCAGACCAGCCGACCACGACUCAGCCACUCCUGGAAUAGACUACAUCCCCAGCUCCAAGAAAGUGGAGUUCAAGCCAGGGGUCACAGAGGAGACGUGCAGCCUGACCAUCAUGGAUGAUGUGCAGAACCCCACCAUCGAGGGCUCCGAGUCCUUCGUGGUGUUCCUGAGCUCUCCGCAGGGUGCCGUGCUGGUGGAACCCCACGAGGCCUCUGUCGUCAUCACAGACACCUUCCUGGAUAUUCCCAGCAUGCAGUUUGAGAAGGUGAAGUUCACGGUGAAGGAGAAGGAGGGUGUGCUGCACAUCCCCGUCGUGCGCACAGGGGACCUGUCGUACAAGUCGUCCGUCCGCUGCUACACGCGCACCAUGUCGGCCAUGGUGAUGGAUGACUUUGAGGAGCGGAGGAACGUGGACGAGUCUCGGGUCACCUUCCUGAAGGGCGAGAGGGUGAAAAACUGCACGGUGCACAUUAACGACGACUCUGUGUUUGAGCCGGAGGAGGAGUUUCAGGUACACCUGGGGUCCCCACAGGGUGACCACUGGGGCGGAGCCAUGAUCGGUGUGAAUGACAUUGUCACUGUCACCAUCACCAAUGACGAAGAUGCCCCCACCAUUGAGUUCGAGCAGGCCUCCUACCAGGUCCGCGAGCCCCCGGGCCCGGAUGGGAUCGAGGUGCUCAAUAUCAAGGUGAUCCGCAAAGGAGACCUGGACCGCACCUCCAAGAUCCGCUGCAGCACCCGGGACGGCUCAGCCCAGUCCGGAGUGGACUACAACCCCAAGAGCAGAGUCCUCAAGUUCAGUCCGGGAAUGGACCACAUUCUGUUCAAGGUUGAGAUUCUGUCCAAUGAGGAUAGGGAGUGGCACGAGUCCUUCUCAUUGGUCCUUGGCCCGGAUGAUCCCGUGGAAGCUGUGCUGGGAGAGAUCACCAUGGCAACAGUGACUAUUUUGGACCAGGAGGCUGCGGGAAGUCUUAUCCUGCCAACUCCACCAAUAGUGGUCUCCCUGUCCGACUAUGACAACGUGCAAGAGGUCACCAAGGAAGGCAGCAAGAAGACCCCGUCUCCCGGCUACCCUCUGGUCUGCGUGACCCCCUGCGACCCCCACUACCCCAAGUACUCUGUCACCAAGGGGCGCUGCGAGGACGCCGGCAUCAACCAGACCUCCAUCCACUUCAGCUGGGAAGUGGCCGCCCCGACAGACGCCAGUGGUGCCCGCUCGCCCUUCGAGACUGUGACCGACACCACGCCAUACACCAGCGUAAACCACAUGGUCCUGGACAGCAUCUACUUCAGCCGGCGCUUCCAUGUGCGCUGCGUGGCGCAGGCGCGGGACAAGGCGGGUCACCUGGGCACGCCGCUGCGCAGCAACAUCGCCACCAUCGGCACCGAGGGCUCCAUCUGCCACACCCCCGUCACCACGGGGACCGCCCGCGGCUUCCAGGCGCAGUCCUUCAUCGCCACCCUCAAGUACCUGGACGUCAAGCACAAGGAGCACCCCAACAGGAUCCACAUCUCGGUGCAGAUCCCUCACCAAGACGGUAUGCUCCCCCUGGUGUCCACCAUGCCGCUGCACAACCUGCACUUCCUGCUCUCCGAGUCCAUCUACCGCCACCAGCACAUCUGCUCCAACCUCGUCACCAUCAAGGACCUGCAGGGCAUCUCAGAGACAGGCUUCCUAGAUGAUGUGUCCUAUGACAGCAUUUCCCUGGGCCCUGGCUAUGACCGGCCGUACCAGUUCAACCCCGGCGUGCGGGAGCCCAAGACCAUCCAGCUCUACAAGCACCUCAACCUGAAGAGCUGCAUCUGGACGUUUGACGCCUACUAUGACAUGACCGAGCUCAUUGACGUCUGUGGCGGAUCUGUCACAGCCGACUUCCAGGUGCGGGACUCUGCCCAGUCCUUCCUCACGGUGCAGGUUCCUCUGUAUGUGUCCUACAUCUACGUGACUGCCCCGCGAGGAUGGGCCUCACUGGAGCACCACACAGAGAUGGAGUUCUCCUUCUUCUACGACACCGUGCUCUGGAGAACAGGUAUUCAGACUGACAGCGUGCUAUCUGCCAGGCUCCAGAUCAUAAGGAUUUUCAUCAGGGAAGAUGGGCGCCUGGUUAUCGAGUUUAAAACACAUGCCAAAUUUAGAGGCCAAUUUAUCCCAGAGCACCACACGCUUCCUGGGCACAAGUCCCACCUCAUGGCCCCAGACCACCUGGGUGGCAUUGAGUUUGACCUGCAGCUCCUAUGGAGCGCCCAGACCUUCGACUCCCCUUAUCAGCUCUGGAGGGCCACAAGCUCCUACAGCAGGAAGGACUACUCAGGGGAGUACACGGUUUUCCUCAUCCCCUGCACCGUGCAGCCAACCCAGCCCUGGAUAGAUCCUGGCGACAAGCCCUUGUCCUGCACCGCCCAUGCCCCAGAGAAAUUCCUGGUACCCAUUGCCUUCCAGCAGACUAACCGUCCAGUGCCCGUGGUCUAUUCGCUCAACACAGAGUUCCAGCUCUGCAACAAUGACAAAGUGUUCAUGAUGGACCCCUCCACUGCUGACAUGUCCAUGGCUGAGAUGGACUAUAAAGGAGCUUUUUCAAUGGGUCAGACACUCUAUGGCAGAGUGCUGUGGAACCCAGAACAGAACCUGAACGCGGCUUACAAGCUGCAGCUCGAGAAGGUAUACCUAUGCACAGGGAGAGAUGGAUACGUUCCCUUCUUCGACCCGACAGGAACGCUGUACAACGAAGGCCACCAGUACGGCUGCAUUCAGCCUAACAAGCACCUCAAGCACAGAUUCCUGCUGCUGGAUCGUAAGCAGCCAGAUGUCUGUGAUCGCUACUUCCAUGACGUCCCAUUCGAUGCCAACUUUGCCUCUGACAGCCCCGAGUUCCAGUCCAUGGGUGCAAUGCCUGGUGUCGAUGGCUUCACAAUGAAAGUCGAUGCCCUUUACAAGGUUGAGGCUGGUCACCAGUGGUACCUACAGGUCAUCUACGUCAUCGGACCUGAGUCCAAAACCAGCCCGCGGAUCCAGCGCUCGCUCACCUACCAGCUGAAGCACGGCGGCCGCAGCGGCAGCCCCCACAGCAGCAGCAGCAGCAGCCUCGUCAGCCGCCGCAGCCGUAGCCGCCGCGACCUGGUGGACCGCUCGGGCCACCUGACGCUGGACGAGUCGCUGAUCUACGACAACGAGGGCGACCAGGUGAAGAACGGCACCAACAUGAAGACGCUGCGGCUGGACGUGGAGCCCGCCGCCACCUUCAACCGGCAGGUGGGCAGCUCCAUCGGCGGCGGCGUGGCGGCCAUCACGCUACUGGUGCUAGUGCUGCUAGCCACCUGCUUUGUGUUCCGGAAGUGCCGCGGUGCGGGCGCCGUGGGCGGUGGCGGCGGCAAGAAGAAGAAGAAGGCAGAGGAGUACCCGCUCAACACCAAGGUGGAGGUGUGCAUCGAGCGGCUGGAGAAGAACCUCAACGCCGGCAAGCACUGCAACGUCAACGUGCGCAACGUCAACCUCCUCCACAAGAACCACGCCGACGGCUACAAGGUCAACGGCGUCAAGGUGAAACAGGUCAACCUGGAGGUCAAGCUGCACAACAACUUGAACGACGGCACUGAAGUCUGAUGAUCCUUUUGUUUUUCUUCUCCUUCACCGAGAGUAUUUUAUGGAAAUCCUCCCCCCACCCGAUCGCCCGUAUCCCCCCCCCUUAUUUUCUACCACUGUUUGUAAUUAUGAGAUGAGAUAUUAUUAAUGUAUUUUUAUACG